AACCCAUUGGCCAUUCACCAAGUGACAAUCCAAAAACAAAACCAAUCCAUCAAGAUGUUCAAAUUCGCUGCUAUCUUCUUCGCUGUUGUGGCCGUGGCUGCUGCCAAGCCUGGAAUUGUGGCUCCUCUGGCCGCCGCUCCUCUGGCUUAUACCGCUCCGGCUGUGGUGGGCAGUGCCGCCUACGUGGCUCCCUACGCCUCCAGCUACACCGCCCACUCGGUGGCCCACAGCGCCGCCUUCCCAGCUGCCUACACCGCUCCAAUUGCCGCUGCCUAUACCGCUCCAGUUGCUGCCGCUUAUACCGCUCCCAUCGCUGCUCCUCUGGCCGCCGCUUACACCGCUCCCUACACCCGAUUUGCCACGCCCUACGCCGCCGCCUACACCUCGCCCCUGGCCUACAGCUCGCCCUAUGUGGCACGCCCAUACGUCGCCGCUGCCGCCGCUCCUCUGCUGCUGAAGAAGUAAAUCGACGGAUCGUGAAACCUGCGGAAGAUAUUGCCCCGUGAGCUUGGCUCAUGGCCUGGCAUUUAUUUUCCACGCAAACCCCCACUUGUGAUGCAUUAAACCUCUUAGAAUCUA